AUGGUUAGCGACAGCAAGUUUCACCAGAGCCUGAACGGUCUCGACGAGAAUCCCCUGCGCAGGGCGUGGCGCGGAAACAAGGAGGGCACCAUCGAGCUUGCGUCCGUGCCGAAAUUCGACAGUCCCUACGAUGAGCGCGAGUGGAUCAAGGCUCAUAUGGCCGCUGCUUUCCGCUACUGGGGCAAGCUUGGAUUCGGCGAAGGUGUCUCUGGUCAUAUCACGGUUCGCGACCCGGUUCUCCCUGAUCAUUAUUGGAUGAACCCCUUCGCGGUUCACUUUUCUGUUAUCACCAAAUCCCACCUCGUCCUCGUAGGACCCGACGGCUACGUCUCCCCUCAUGGCGCUCAGCUUCCCAUAAACACCUCUGGCUUCCACAUCCACAGCGCCAUACACAAGGCGCGUCCAGACGUCAAGGCUGCUGCCCACUGCCACUCGGUCAAUGGCAAGGCGUGGUCCGUCUUCGGGAAGCCCAUCGAUAUCUUGACGCAGGACGCUUGCUUCUUCCACGACAACUUGGCCGUGUACAACAACUUUGGCGGCGUCGUCCUAGCGCAGGAAGAGGGAGAGAACAUCGCGCAAGCGCUCGGGCCUAAGCGCAACACCUGCAUCCUCCAGAACCACGGUCUCAUGACGCUUGGCAAGACGGUGGAUGAGUCUGUCUACCUGUUCGCCGCACUGGACCGGAUGUGCAAGGUUCAGUUGAUGGUCGAGGCGGCCGCGGCCAGCGGGCUCAAGAAGACGGUGAUCGACCCUCAGGACGCGGAAUUUUCUGCGAAGACGCUGCAGCAUUGGGAGAACAUGUAUGUAAACAGGACUUAUGCUUCGCUGUAG